AUGUUCUCUGUAGCUCUGAUGCUGCUGCUAACAGCUGGAUCCUGUGAGGAGAUUACACAACCAAUUGCAAUUGUGCAGCCUGGACAGWCUUUGUCCAUCAGCUGUCAGGUCUCUGGUUACUCUGUGACUGGCAGGUAUGGAACAGGUUGGAUCCGACAGGUGGAAGGAAAAACAUUAGAGUAUGUUUGCCAUAUGUGGGGAAGCAACAGCAAAUUCUAUCAAAAUGAUGUUGUGAAGAACAAGUUCAGCUACAGCAGAGACACUUCUGCAGGAACAGUGACAAUAACAGGACAGAACCUGCAGCCUGAGGACACAGCUGUUUAUUACUGUGUGAGAUACACCCACAGUGAUACAAACCACAGACAGAGCUGCACACAUACUCAGCUGCCAGCAGGACACAGUAACACACUGAUAAAUAUCCCCUUCUUGUCUGUUUUGGCAGGUGUUUAUGGUCAGACUUUGACAGAAUCUGAACCAGCUGUUAUAAACCCUGGAAACUCCCACAGGUUGACCUGUACGGCCUCUAGAGUCUCAUUCAGCAUCUCCUGGAUGGCCUGGAUCCGACAGGCUCCUGGAAAAGGACUGGAGUGGAUUGCAACUAUUGAGUAUGACAGUGAUAGGAAAUWCUACUCCCAGUCAGUUCAAGGCCGGUUUAUCAUCUCCAGAGACAACARCAAAGAGCAGCUGUAUCUGCAGAUGAACAAUCUGAAAACUGAAGAUUCUGCUGUUUAUUAUUGUGCUCGAGAUCCACAGUGGUUCAAAUACUACUUUGACUACUGGGGGAAAGGAACAACAGUGACUGUCACAUCAGCAACUUCAACGAAGCCAACCGUGUUUCCUCUGAUGCCAUGUGAUUCUGAGGGCCAAGACAAGGUCACUCUGGGCUGUCUUGCCACCGGUUUCAGCCCGUCUGCCCUGACCUUCACCUGGAAACAAGGCGCCACCGAUUUGACGGACUUCAUCACGUACCCUUCAAUGCAGAAAGGCAGUGAAUACAUGGGAAUCAGUCAAAUUCAAGUCAACAAGCUGGACUGGGACGCAAAUAAGCCUUUCGAAUGUAUUGCAAAYCAUGCAGCCGGGCAAGGAAGUGGUGCAAUGGUGAAACCAAGUCCAGUUUAUCAGUUGCCUACUCUUACAUUGACUUCCUCCGUCGAUGAGGAAAAUAAGGAGGUUUCCUUCUCCUGCUUUGCCAAAGAUUUUUCACCAAAAACCUUUGAGUUCACAUGGAUGAAAGAUGAUGAGGUUAUCGAUCAAAGCAGCAUAGACAAAAUCAGCAUGUCAUCUGAAAGAAAAAACAUCAACGGAACGACUGUGUACAGCGCCGCCAACCUGCUCACGAUGAAGAAAGAUGAAGUGAAUCCGGAGGAUAAAUUCAUGUGUGUGUUUAAGGGGAAAGGAAAAAGCACUGCUGCUGUUAAGAAUGACACUGUGCAAGUCAAAGAAUGCACUGUAAGUGGGAAUGACAGACCAAAUGUGGACAUACAGAUCAUUGAGCCCACAAACGAGGACAUGUUUGUGUAUCGAAAGGGAAAAUUAAUAUGCCAAGUCACGGUUGAUAAGGGCACAUUUAAGUUGGCUUGGGAGGAUGAGAACAAAUUAGACCUGGUGGAAAGUGGAAAGAGUUCAAAAGCACACAUACUGGAACUCGACAUCACCUACGAUGAAUGGAGUAGGAAAGUUGAACGAAGCUGUGCCGUUCAUCAUAACGACUUGGAGGAACCCAUUAAGAAACUUUAUAAACGAGCUAGUGGUGCCUCUCAGAAGCGUCCUUCCGUGUUUAUGUUGCCUCCAGUAGAACAAACUAGAAAAGAGGAGGUGACCCUGACUUGCUAUGUGAAAGACUUCUUUCCUCGUGAGGUUUAUGUGGCUUGGCUUGUGGACGACGAGAACGCAGCCUCAAAAUACGAGUUCAACACCACGAACCCUUUAGAAAACAACGGAUCUUAUUAUGUUUACAGCCAGAUGACCAUCCCCCUGGAGGACUGGAGACAGCCUGACAUGGCUUACAGCUGUGUUGUUUACCACGAAUCUCUAAAUGACUCAAGAUCAGUUAGAUCCAUUGGCUACAGAACCUCUGAAAGCACCAACCUGGUCAACCUGAACAUCCCCAACGUGUUUGUGGUGAUUGUUUCUCCGAACAUCACCUUGUUCCCCAUCUGGGAAGAUGAGUUCUCACAAGUUAGACUCAUGUGCGUUCUGAGCAACUUUUUUCCCAAAGAACUGACUGUGGAUUGGUAUCAGAACCAAAAGCCUGUAACAGAAAUCAAACCAACAGAAAGAACCCUACAGAGUGAUGGAAGAGCAAAAUCUAUUACUGUGACCACUGAGCUCGAACCCAAUACAGAUGAAUGGAGAAAAGGAUCUGAUUUUACUUGCAAGGCCGUUCACAACAGYGCUGAAUUUCAGAAAACGAUGAGUAUUUGUAAACUCCACGGAAGCAUUGCUCCUUCCAUUCAUGUGGAGAUUCCCACCUUUGAGGCGGUGAUGAGAGGGUCCAGCGUGAAGGCGACGUGUUUCAGCCGCAAAGUGUUUGACGCCGAGCUGACCUGGCUGAUGGACGAGAGACCUCCAGCCAACGACAACGUGAGCCCGAGGUCAAACUCAACGUUUCUGAUCAGCGAACUGACGGUCCCAUCGAGCGCCUGGAAGAAACUGAAAACUCUGAAGUGUAAAGCUGAACAUCGCUGCUUCUCUGCUGAAAAGGCCGUGCAGAUUUCAGUGACUCCGACAUCUUCUCAGAAAGUUGGCGUCUACAUUCGGGGACCACCACUGGAGCAGCUUCAGAACAAGAGACAGCUGACUGUUACGUGUCUUUUUGUCGGCACCAGUCUCAGCGACUUCUCCRUCACCUGGAAAGUAGGUGCUAACAAAGCUUCGACUCAUAACGUGCGUACGCAGCAGCCUGUGGGUCACAACAACGGGACGGAGACUUUGCAAAGCUCCUUUAACGUGUCGAUGGAAGACUGGAACUCAUACAAGAUCGUGUUCUGCAAGGCAAAGCAUCACUGUUCCAACAGGGGUUAUGAUGGYAGCAUCAGCAAAAGCAGAGACAUGUACCCACCAGCCGUGACGAUAGUGCGACCAACUUCCUCUGAGCUGUUUCAGUCCGACAGCCUCAUGCUGACAUGCCUGAUCUCCAAGUUUUUCCCAGCAAACAUUUUAGUACAAUGGGCAGAGAACGGUAAAAACAUCCCGUCUUCUCGCUAUAUCAACAGCCCUCCAUGGAACGAACCAGGAAAAAAGUUUUAUUCAAUGAGAAGCAAACUGAAUGUGACCAGAACUGAGGACAAAACGUCAACUUAUACCUGCAUCGUCAGACACGAAUCUUCUGAGACUCCAGUUGAAACCAGUGUAAAGGAUGUGUUCGCUUCAGUGACCCACAGCAAACCUUCAGCUGUCCUGCUGCAGGGCUCCCAUGAACUCGUGUGUCUGGUGUACGGAUUCAGCCCAGCAUCCAUUAACAUCACUUGGUUUCGCGAUGCAAACAAUGAGCUGAAGGAUUAUAACACAACUGAGCCCCACUUAGGCGCAGAUGGGAAAUUCAGCAUCAGAAGCCACCUUCGUGUGUCUGACAUCGACUCCUUACCUGGAGUSGUUCUGACCUGCAAGGUGACUCAUGAAAACACCAUCCUCUCACUGAAUAUAUCUAUACCAGAUACCAUGGAGAAGUGUCAUGUAUUUGAUGAAAUCAAGCAUGCUGACGUGAACCAAGACUCACUACAACAAACCUGGACUGUGGCUUUUACCUUCCUCCUCUUUUUCCUCUUUUCUGCCAUGUUUUCUGUCACCGUCAUAAUUAUUAAGAAUAAAUGAUGACAAAAACCGGGAGAUCCAUUUAACUCACUUUGGAC